CCGCGCCGCGCCGGUUCUCAGUCACAGUAUCGCGUCCUCUCGGUCCGCCUCGACGACAUCGACGCCGUCGAUGUCUGGCGUCGACGCUAUCUUCUUCCGUUUCUCUUCUUCCGCGGUCUCAUCCGGUCCGCGAAAGUGGGUGAAUUUUUUUCUCGCUUUCUCUCUCUUCCUCUCGACGUUCGCGAACCUUUAAAUGCCGAUCUUGCACGCUUUUCUUCUUCCACGGAGAUUAGAUCUGCGUCGGUACGUCUUGUUAUUCGCGUCAUAAUUAAGGAGAUACCUGUAUGUGAAUUUUAGGUUUCGAUUAUUUUGAUCGAGAAAUUUCUUCGUGCAGUUAUUCGCAGUGGAGACUGUAAUGUAUGUAAAUGGGCGACUUUUGCUUGAGAAGUAAGUGAACGUUUCGACUCGGCGAUCGCUGCAAAAAACGACGAAGAGGAAACUUGAGGAACGCGUAUUGCAACUUCACAAAGCACCAGUGACCAUGAUUUUGCGAACGUGUCUUUGCCUCAAUCUCUUGACGUGGAAGGCGUUCAUGAAAGUCCGACGCCGAGGAUGCACUCAUGAAAGAGCCACCGGCUUCUAUUCCUACUCCGGGAGAGUUCGAUGCACGAACGCGCGGUACCGUGAAAAUCGCGUGGAUAGAAGUGUUUCGGCGCUGUGUCUGACAGCGGACGAGAUCGAGGCCCAGAGAAGCGGCUGGAACCUAGAUCCCAAUACGCAAUAUCACAUUCAGACAGAUGAGGGCCCGGAAAGAUUCUUUCGCUUUCAAACGGCGAACGGUCAGUAUAGGAAAGAGAAGAGAUUGGCUGAUGGCACGGUGAUUGGCACCGAAGGCUGGUUAGACCCUCUCGGAUAUUUACGAUUAAAGGAUUACAUCGCGGACCACGAGGGAUUCCGAAUACUAAGGUCAAAGAUGGUUUACGUGGGUAAGGAUCGACCUAUUCAAGACGCGGUGGCGGAAACAAAGAAGGUACCAGCGCAGACCGGAGUCCUGGCCAGACCCAAAAGGCCACCUAAUCCCUUCAGACGACCAGAUCCUAAUGCCGUCGUGCCACUGUCCGGCAAUGACAUCACUUCCGGUUAUUAUGCCCCGACGACCAUCAGGCCCCGACCGAUUUUGAGAAAUUAUUAUUCGAAUCGACCAGGCUACCCUUCAUCUGGACUCCAGAGUCUGGACACCUAUCAUCGACCAGCUACGUAUUACCGCGGAUCUACGGCUCGACCACCGAUUCAGAUUCUCGAAGCUCCUUACGAUCCUGCUAUCGGAGGUUCCUCCGUCAGGCCAAGCUAUCAAUCGUCCAUUUCUCGAAGCGACUCGGGCGAUUACCCGCCGUACGACGGCACUCACACCACGGCGAACGGUUUCCAGUAUUAUUUAAGAAGGCAGUAUCACGAGGAGGGACGGGAGCCCGACGGUACCGUCGGCUCGUUCGGCUACAUUGAUCCGUUCGGCAUCAGACGGGUGAUUUAUUACAAGACGGAUCCGUACACCGGGGGAUUCCUCCACAAGAAGAACAAUCGAUACGUCGGCUUCAACGCGACGCCGUACGAUCCGCUUCCGCCUGACCUGUCUAGGACGCGGCUCUCGAGAGCUCCCUCGACGAGCGCCUCGUAACAGUUCCGUCAUUGUUCAUCGCUUUGCCACGUUGUAGCAUCACGUUUUAUCGCGAAGAGCUCAUCAUCCGAUACCGCGUCGACGCUGGAUUUCGCUACGCUGGACGGCCUUGGUUCGACUCGAUGAUCUCGAUAGCGAGACCGCUCGUCGAAUCGAACUGCCGCCUGUUGUCGAUGUUCUCUUAAGCAAUCGCCGUUGAUCAUGAAUUUUCCGGUCGGGAUGAACGUUGGCGAGAGGAAGAACAAUGAUGAAUAGAGACGGUACGAAUACAGAGAUCGAUGCUCUAUAUUCCAUGGAGGAAGGCUAAAGAUUCUCGAUCACGAACGUUGCUUAUAUAAUAUAUAGAUAUAACGUUUCUCGAAGUGCCACGACUGAUAUUUUUCCGAUGUACGACUCCGUUGUGUCAGCAUCGCCAACGGUUCCCAGUAUUAUCCGAGAUGAUAUAACGUUACGAGGAACAAGGGCCGAUUGAAUCAGGAGACGAUCGAAAUGCAGCGGAUAAGAAGAUUCCAACGGAGGGGAGAUAAGGAUUACGCGAGAUUAACACAAUGACUUUUCGUCAUCGAGAACCGAGGCGGCGGCGGCUUGCUUCCUGAUUCGUCGUCCUGCCUUUGUUCUGUUAUUAUCGCGAGCAGAUGAUCGGGUACCGCCUAGAGACAACGUUAGAUGCCAUGCUGGACUGUAACUCAGUUUUCAGGGAAGCGCGGUGGGACUUCCUUGAAAAAAAGAAAAUCGUCGGACAAUGUUCGCCAAUCUUUUUCCACUCUUUCCAGUUGCGUCACCGAUCUAUGAAACGUGCGAAGACUCGCGGCCGCCAUUGUCCUUGCGUGUAAGUUUCUUUCGGUAAUCUAUUUUCGCAGGGAUACUUUAGAAAGUAGUUAUUCCCAUUCAAGAUGUAAUCAAAAUACAUAUACAGUUCUUUUUCUUUUAAUAUCAAAAUUUUUUAGAAAAAUUUUAUUGGAAGUGAUUGCUUAUAUAUGUAGAUUAUAAUCAAAAAAAUUCUGCAUUUACUAUACUUUUUCCACAAUCUUUUUUAUUUGGCGAAUAUUGACCUACGACAAAGAAAAAUCCCACCUAUCGAAUCAAAAUAGAACGGCCACUUUGGUGUGAGCGGAUCGGACAUUAACCCUGCAGUGUACUAUUUUCUUUACUUACCAGCGACACACCACCAGCGAAGUAUCACAACUUUAUUAGUUACGAAAGAACUGUGUUACACCGUAGGGUGCACUGGUGAUUUGUAUCGCUGCCGAAUCACGUCUUAAAAAUCUCUAAUGCGAGAAACACAGUGAUUAUGCAAGCAUGGUAUUGUUGUACGUUGCAGGGUUAAUUCAGCGUGAGCCGCAGAUCCGGAAAUCUUAAUAGCUUUCUAUCGCCGAUUCUGCUGACGCUAAUAGUAGUAGUUUCCUUCCUAGUUUAUAAUUGCGCGUCCGCGGAUACUUUUCACGUACUAAUUUCUCGCGGCAUACCGGAAGGCUAUCCGCUCGUGCCAAAAGACGAAGGGGGCCGCAUAGAAUUAGUUAAUCGUUAAGAUAAACCUCGUUACGUCGCGACAAUGGUGCUGAUUGUUAAGUAAAAGCGGAUACACCGCGCACUUUCCGUUCUUUUAUGGCGAUGAGAACCGGGCCGUUACGCACUGUGCGCCUAAGUCAAUUGCGAUUUUCGGAUAAAAGUCCUCCCUCCCCCCGCGAAUGACAUUACAACUGUCCGCGUAAAGACAAGAGAUAUGAUCUGUGCGUAAGGAAUAUCAUUUAAUGCUUAACUUAUUUUACAAGUAAAUGUGAAAGCGAACGAUCGCUUGAGCGUAAAAUGUUAAAAAACAUGUGAUAUCAGAUAGUUUACAUAAAAGCAGUAAACAAAUAAAAUUAUAUUUAACACCGAAAUUGUUGUUUCACCAGGAAUAUUUUGGUAAAUACAAAAGAAAGAUUACUUUAAUUAUACUUCCGAAUAAAUUAGUAUUCAAGAUAACAAUUUAACGCUUUUAGCAUUUGAUUCGGUAUAUGCAACUUUAAUCAUGCACAUCUCAUAUUUUAAAAUAAAAUAAAAAUGUUAAUAUGAUAUUAAAAUUAUUUAUAAAUGUCGUAUGUCAAUGAGUUUUAUAGGGAUUAUCGGAUUAAAACUCAUUUUAUGUAGAAUCGGCUUUUCGCUGCAACGAACUAAAGAGAAAUUUCCAAUUUAAUCAAGCUAUAAUACCUGACUUGGCUUUGAUAAUAUAUAUUUUAUAUGGCAAUAUUUUAACGAUAAAAUAACAUUUUAAAAAUAUUUAAGUACCUAAAAAUCUAUUUUUGAGAAUUUAUUCUUGUCUUAGAAAUCUACAAAGUUUUUCGUAAUUAUUUCCAAAUAAUUGUCAAUGAUUUUAAGCGUUCGUUAUUUGUACCAUUGCUUGGAUUGCAAGGAGCAGUAUUGGUGAUCCCAUGUCGCGUAAUCGUAACAGUGCGACGUGCAUCCAGGAGCAUCGGCAUCCGCUUAUCCGAUUAUCGUACCUCAUUCAAAGUUUCACCGGCCUUGACGCGCUACCUCGUGAAAAGUUUCACCGGCCUCGGAGAGUGCGCUCUCUUUCUUUCCUCUCCGAGAACGAAGACUGAUGCCCUUAUAGAUUUGUAUAUGUACUCGAGACUAACAAUAAAGACGCUUCGCUCCGUUAAACACA